CGCCUGUAGAUGACGUCACAGCAACGUGAUUGGUUACCUACUACAGCAACCCCGUUGUUGCUGGUUGAUGAAAAUGUCCGAUUGUAUUUGUAUUUGUAUAUCAUUUCUGUAAACCAUGACAAUGGAUCUGACUUUCUUGGGGACUGGAUCUGCAUAUCCGUCCCCCCAUCGCGGUGCCUCAGCGCUAGUUCUCAGGACGGAAGGAGAAUGUUGGCUGUUUGACUGUGGUGAAGGAACUCAAACCCAACUCAUGAAAAGUCAACUAAGAGCAAGUCGCAUCACCAAAGUUUUCAUCUCACAUUUGCACGGGGACCACCUAUUUGGUUUACCCGGUCUCCUGUGCACUGUGAGCCUACAGACAAACCCUAACCCCACUCAGGCUCUUCCCUGCUUGGAUAUCUAUGGCCCCACGGGCCUCAGGAAGUACCUCAGGGUGACUCUGGGUCUCACGGGCUCACAACUCAUCUUCCCUUAUGCAGUUCAUGAGCUUGAAACUCUGCCUGACCAGAGUCCACCCGAAGGUCAGCUGAGCUUUGAGAUGACUUCAGAGUCUGGUGCGCUGCAUCCUCAAGAGCAGCUGGGGAGGCGCGUCUCCCUGGACGUGUCCACCGACUGCUACAUGCUUUUUCAAGACAAGAGGUUUGUGGUGAAGGCCUUCAGGUUGUUCCACCGCGUACCCUCCUUUGGCUUCUGCGUUCAGGAGCAUGACCGACCUGGCAGACUCAACACAGAGCUGUUGAAAGAGUUAGGCCUCAACCCCGGACCCCAGUAUGGCCGUCUGAAGGCUGGGGAACCCGUGACCCUGGAGAACGGUCGUGUGCUACUGUCUGGGGAAGUCAUGGAAGAAGCUAUUCCAGGGAGGAAAAUCUGUAUUUUAGGGGACUGCAGUGCCAUUGUUGGAGAUGGACCGCUGAAGGCAUGCCACAGAGCAGACAUUUUAGUGCACGAAGCCACACUUGCAGAUGAGCAGCAGGAAAAAGCAGUGGAACACGGGCACAGCACCCCAAAGAUGGCUGCCGCAGUAGCCUUGGCUUGCGUUGCGCAAAAGCUGGUUUUGUAUCAUUUCAGUCAAAGGUACAAGCCUUGUGCCCUGCAGAAGGAAGGGGAUGACGAUGACAUUCUCCUGCUCAAAAGACAGGCUGAAGACGCCCUCCAAGGUAGUGGUGUAGAUGUUACUCUGGCUGAGGAUUUCCUUACUCUGGCAAUACCCCUAAAAAGGUAGUUUUCAAUAUUAUAUUUGCACUUUAUAUGCAUUUAUGAUUCCAGAUUGCUAAAAGGCCACCCUUUUCAGAAGUUAACUUAAAGAUGUAGACAAACCAAUGACAAUAUACUUGUAAUCGCCCUUUAAAAAGGUUAUCCCUAAGGUACCCCAUUAACGGAUUGCAUGACAUUGAAACACACAGCAUCAUAGCAUGAUUCUGUGGGGGUUAUGUUAUUACAAUUAUUAACAAUAAUUGUAAUAUUUGUCAUGUCAGUUUCUAUGCAGAUAUAGCUCAUCAUUGCAGCGGUUUAAUGAGUAAAGCAAGAACAGAACCUUUUCCAGAGCUUUAUUUCUGGAUCUGUACACAAGUUAUUAAAGUACAACAGAAAAUACAAAAUAAUGUUUAACAAAAGAAAAAAACAUGUCUAUGUACAAUUUUUUUAUAAACAAUAAAGAUAGAUUUUUGAACAUUU